AUGGAAGGGCAUCCUGUGCUUUUGGGUCCUGAAGGCACCCUAGGUAUCGUCGCGCUUGGGGGUACCGGGUGUAUCCACCAAGAUUCCAGUUCUCAGGACCAAGUUCUUAAGGCACCCCUGAAACAUAAUACCCAAAGCUGCAGCCAAGAGAUAAUCGAAUCUAUCAGAAGCAGAGAAGAGUUCUCAGAGUUAUGCAUCAAUCGUGAGAAGCUUGUCUACCAGUUCCUCCCAAAAGAUCCUAAUAUCUUAAACUGCCUUGUUGUCACCGAAAGAGGGAUUCAGUUCCCCUAUCUACGGAAUGGGGACGUGCGAAGUUACCUCCAAGAGCAUUCGCAAUCAUUAGAUGCCAAAACACGAGGUCGAUGGAUCAAAAAUGCCGUUGACGCUAUUUCUACUAUACAUGGAUAUGGUGUCAUUCCCUCCGAUAUUUUUGCACGUAACUUUCUCGUGGCUGAUGACUUUUCGAUUCAACUUUGCGAUUUUGCUGGAUCAAGGAUUAAUAAUCUCGAGUCCUUGGUGGAAGAGGAAAGUCGAUACCGUUCACCUUCGUCGCCUUCGUCACCUUCGCCGCCUCGAACUAUCCAGACUGACCUGUUUGCGCUGGGUUCCUUUAUCUACGAAGUCUCUACUGGUGCACACCCUUUUUCCGAGAUUGAGGAUAACGAUGAAAUUGAGAGACGUUAUGCCGCGCAAGAUUUUCCAAGUCUUAAUGGCCUUGAAUAUCACGAUGUCAUUUCCAAAUGCUGGAGGUCGCAAUACUCUUCCGCUGAUGUGUUGAGAGACAAUAUUCGCCGUAUUAAGUCUUCGGCUUUUGAGCCAGCACGACUGACUCCCCCAUUCUUUUUUUCUACUAGGGCAAUAAUUGGCAUCGGUUAUACUGUUGUAUGGAUGUGUGGGGGGCGAAAGAGAUAA